AUGACGACGACACCCUCUCCCCGUCAAACGUCACCGGACCCAUUGGGGAUCACGGCUACAAAGUCAGACAGCUCUGACGAUAGUGUCACAACUCCUUGCCUCGGGGACGCGGGGCGUCACCUGUAUGGUAGCCUAUUCAGGCGGGACUCAUCUUCCACCACCCUGCCUUUCCCGGAGUUCAAAAUGGAAAACGAGGCUUCUGAUCAGCCUGUCAGGCCCUUGUCGCCCCCUCCGUCGCCACUAUCACCAUUAAGCUCACGAAGGAAAAAGAUUCCGGAUCCACUGACCAGGCGUUUGAAGGGGAAGUCGGGCCUGAAGUCGCAUGUCAAUGAGUCGGCUCUGCGGCAAUAUACGGAUUAUGAUACUCUCGGGACUCCACGAUCGCCAUUCUUUUCUCCCGGUAUCUGGACCGGGAAUACAUUUGGCGAACCAGAUGCCAGAACCAACUUGGAACAGUUUGAAGAUGUUUUCACUCCACAACUCCCAAUACUGGAUGUCUUCGCGAUGACAACCGUCAACACCGUUUUGAAAGAUCUGGCUGCAGUCGCUCGUAUGAGGCAAUUUGCACAGUCUUGGGGCCGGUACAAGGAUAUCGACUUCCUCAUGAAGGUUGAGGAAUAUGCAACUACGAUGAACGCAGUUUCAUCGAUCAUGGCAAAUAUCUCGAUGAAGUUCACUGGCGUAGCGGCUUCCCAACCCAUUAGACUCCCGAUGGCGGUGUCCAAGAGUCUUAACACCGACAUCAAGAACGUCUCCACCUCGCUUCUACCCGGGCUAGAGAGCCUUUUCGAUGAUGCCAAGUCACAUAUCGAAAAGAGUCUUGCACAAGAUAUCUACCCUGACUUUCUCAAAAAUCAACUAUCUCUCGGCCUGCAAACUAUUGGACCAGGGUACUCACCCAGCCAAAUUUGCUCAGGAUUCGGGGAUUCCUUUUGUAUCACUGAUUCUUAUCAAACUGAUUCCCCUAUAGUAUUUGUGUCGGAUGGUCUGGCCGGCCUCACUGGAUACAAACAUGAUGAGCUGGUGGCGAGAAAUUGUCGGUUCCUUCAGGGUCCGGGAACAAGGGCAAGUGGCGUUGAUCGCAUCAGAGAUGCUAUUACGAAGAACAAUGAGUGGUCUGAACUACUACUGAACUAUCGGAAAGACGGCCGGGUUUUCUGGAACCUCUUAUUCACAGCGCACUUGAUGGGGCUCGACGGCCAAGUUCGCUACCAUCUUGGGGGCCAAGUCGACGUGACAGAAGUUCUGGAGUCGCAAGAAGGCGUCGCCGGUCUACUUGGUUAUGUGCCUCCUCUGAGGGACCGCAAGCUGCCGACUCUUGAUGAACACGAACAUCGCGGAUCAUGGCGGAAUGCGUUUAAGGGGGAAAAGCGACCGGGUCGGGAGAGGGACGCCAAAUAUCCCCCGCAAACCUCUCGCAACAAAUUCUUCAAGACGUUUAGACGUCAUUCUCGAAGUGAUACACCCGUAUCCCCAGUCGAUACCGAGAGUAAUCACGACCUGUCGACCUCUGAGCCAUCUACGCCUAUGGACCAGAGGGGCUCAAUCAAUCUUCCAACGUCUCCGACUCCGACUCAUCAUGCAGUCCUCUCACCAUACUCUCGAUUCAUUGUUCUCGAUUACAUUCCCGCAGGCCCAUCAACACAUUCUCAUGACAAGAAGAGCUUGAAGUCCCAGCUUCCAGUUGCAUUCUGUUCCACGGCAGUGAUGGACAGCUUGAACAAUGGCAGCACUCAGAAGUGUUUGGCAGACGUCAUUGGCAACAACAUCUUCAAGGUCCUCUCGGAGACUGGGAACUCGUCAUCGGUGAACAAGUCAUUCAAAUCUACCGUCCGAGCGAACAUUGCCGAAGGACGGACAGCAAAGCUCGACUUGACGCUCAAUGGACACAGCCUCCGCCGCCCUAGGGGCCUAUCAUUAUCCAGAAAGUCCAGUGGAGUCGGCAUCUCUGCAUUGGGCUUGGGGGGAGACGCAACGCCAAGUUCGCCCCACCAUAAUCGCACUCUGCACAAAAGCAUUAGUUUGGAGAGACUAGUGCCAACAAACCACAGCAACGGGGCGGCAGAGGAUUUUGUCAGCUACUGGACUCCAUUGAAAGACGGGGAGAAAGUCACUCGAUUUGUAGUCGUGGUCCUUAUCCCUGAGGUGUCGUGA